AUGACUGAAGAUAACCACUCCUUGACAACAGAGUUUAUCCUGACAGGAUUUGCAGAUCAUCCAGAGCUGAAGAUCCUUCUGUUCCUGGUGUUCUUUACCAUCUAUCUGAUCACCAUGGUGGGGAAUCUUGGUUUGGUGGCACUGAUCAUUACAGAGCAUCGUCUUCACACACCAAUGUACAUCUUUCUGGGUAACCUCGCUCUGAUGGACUCCUUUUGUUCCAGUGCCAUUACCCCAAAGAUGCUACAGAACUUCUUUUCUAAAGACAGACUGAUUUCCCUUUAUGAAUGCAUGGCACAAUUUUAUUUUCUCUCCCUUGCUGAAACUGCAGAUUGCUUUCUCCUGGCAGCAAUGGCCUAUGAUCGCUAUGUGGCCAUCUGCAAACCACUGCAGUACCACACCAUGAUGUCAAAGAAACUCUGCAUUCAGAUGACUGCAGGGGCAUAUGCAGCUGGAAACAUUCAUCCCGUGAUUCAUGUAGGGUUUCUGUUUAGACUAACUUUCUGUAGGUCUCAUCAAAUCAAUCACUUUUUCUGUGAUGUCCUUCCAUUAUACAGACUCUCCUGUGUGGAUCCUUUUAUCAAUCAAUUGAUGGUACUCAUCUUUGCAGGGUCAGUUUUAGUCUUCACUAUUACCAUAGUAAUAAUCUCUUACCUUUUCAUUCUUUUCACAAUUUUCAAGAUGAAAUCCAAAGAGGGAAAAGGCAAAGCCUUAUCUACAUGUGCAUCCCAUUUUCUCUCUGUCUCAAUAUUCUACGGUUCCCUUCUUUUCAUGUAUGUUCGGCCAAAUUCAGGUAAUAAAGAUGAUAAAGAUAUACCUGUUGCUAUUUUUUAUACUCUAAUAAUUCCCUUGUUAAACCCAUUUAUUUAUAGUCUAAGAAAUAAGGAAGUAAUAAACACUACAAAAAAAAUAUGGAGAAGAAUUUAUGACAUGAGGAAACAAAUAUUGUCCAAUAUGCACAACUGA